CCCGCUGGCUGCGCGGGGCCACAGCCGUACACACCCUGCGAGGCCGGGGCUGCGGACGGGCUAAGCCGCGCCCGGCGUCUGCGACCAGGAGCACUCGGACCUUCGGCGCCGCAGCCGCUGCCGCUGCCCGCGCCCGGCGGGUGAAUACUCUGAUGGGUUUGUCACAAUGGCAGAAAUUCUAGUGGAAAGGGAUUCUUAUUGAUGGAGCUAUUAGUGAAAGAUGGUGGAUCGCUUGGCCAACAGUGAAGCAAACACUAGACGUAUAGGUAUAGUGGAAAAUUGUUUUGGAGCAGCUGGUCAACCUUUAACUAUACCUGGACGAGUUCUUAUUGGAGAAGGAGUCUUGACUAAAUUGUGCAGAAAGAAGCCCAAAGCAAGGCAGUUUUUCUUAUUUAAUGAUAUUCUUGUGUAUGGCAAUAUUGUCAUCCAGAAGAAGAAAUACAACAAACAACAUAUUAUUCCUCUGGAAAAUGUUACUAUUGAUUCCAUCAAAGAUGAGGGAGAUUUAAGGAAUGGAUGGCUUAUUAAGACACCAACUAAAUCAUUUGCAGUCUAUGCUGCCACUGCCACUGAAAAAUCAGAGUGGAUGAAUCAUAUAAAUAAAUGUGUUACUGAUUUACUCUCGAAAAGUGGGAAGACACCCAUUAAUGAACAUGCUGCUGUCUGGGUUCCUGACUCUGAGGCAACUGUAUGUAUGCGUUGUCAGAAAGCUAAAUUCACACCUGUUAAUCGUCGUCACCAUUGCCGCAAAUGUGGUUUUGUCGUUUGCGGGCCCUGCUCUGAAAAAAGAUUUCUUCUUCCUAGCCAGUCCUCUAAGCCUGUGCGGAUUUGUGACUUCUGCUAUGACCUGCUUUCCACUGGGGACAUGGCCACGUGCCAGCCUGCCAGAUCAGACUCUUACAGCCAGUCAUUGAAGUCGCCUUUAAAUAAUGUAUCUGACGACGAUGAUGAUGACAGCAGUGACUAAAGACACAUUUUGAAAUAUUUAAUCAGGUGUGACUGUGUGACUGUGAGAAAUCAGUUUUAGGGAAAAUGUAAAAUUCAGAGUGCUCAAUUUCACUCUAGCCAUGACUUUGCCUGAGAAACUUUCAAUCUGUGUGCCUCAAAUGUAAUCCGUAGAAAGUAGGUCCUCCCUCCUUCUCCGCUCCCCUAUACUCUUCUUCAGGGAUAGACUGUUUGCAAAUAGAUACAGUUUUGGUUUCUUGUUCUUGUUUGUUUCUAGAUUGUUUUCUUGGAGAGUUAGGAAAAAAUGUUUAUUUACUAGAUUCUAUACCACAUUACUAUUUUUAUUUCAGUUAUAUGCAAAAACUAAAAGCCCAGAAAGAUGGGAACAGGAGUAUAACAUGAAUAAUUAAUAAUAUUAACUUUUUUCUAAUCAUCUUAAUGAUUAUGAUGCAAGUGACAAAAAUACUGUACAUGAUUUGGAAAUACUUUUUCACUUUUUCUUAUGCCAAGUGGUGCCUUACUGUAAUAGCACUGUUACAUGAAAUAUAAGUCCUUACUGUCUCAGUUUUUGGUUUAAGAAACAACAUUGGUGCUCUUUGAAGUAAAAAAAUGAGUGUUUAUGAAUGGGUAUAAUUAGGAGUACUUUUGAUCUGACAUAUAAAUCACUAAAUUUAGAAGGUAUCCUUACAUGAACAAUUUUUCCAUAAAAUUGUUGUGAUUAUAUUUAUGUUUUAUAAGUACCAAAUGGUAAUUGCCAAAUUAUACUUUCUAGAAAUUUGAUAUAUUAUCAAUUAUUUAGAAAUGUCGUAUUACAUUAGUUUCUACUUUUAAUAAGAUAUUUUUAGAUAAAAAUUCACCCACUUUAUUUCUAGAAUGAAAAAUCUCAUGAGACCUUUGACAGUGAAUCUCUUAAAAAUUCCAUGAUAGAGUACUGAUUACUUAGUCUUGAAGAUUCGAAAGAAAUAUGUAAGAGUAGUGAAGGCAAACCACGUAAAAUUUGAUUAGAAUUCAUAUCUGAGGAAGUGUUGUCCAGUUCAGUGUGAAACUAGCUUGAAUUUGCAAAUAGUGUUAUAUUUUUUAAAAUUUUGUAAAGACCAAUUUCUAUUUUUGUAAAACAGUUGUAUGUUUUAUGUGUUUCUGAAAUCAUUUUGCAAUCUGUGGAGAUAGAGUAGCAUUUGAUACUUCUAAGUCUAGAUUGCUUUUGAGAUGUAAUUUUCACUUUUUGCUUCUGAGGCAGCCAUUAGGUUGAAAGUGUUUAUCAUGUAAAACUUGAUGCAUUUUGCACUACUGGUUCCAUUUGUAUGCUGCAAAUAACUAGUUUUUCAAAUAUGGAAAAUCAGUCUAAAGUAAGUUCUAAUUUUUUUAACUUCUAAAUUAAAAAUCUGAUUAUUCUGCAAAUAUCAUGAGGUUUGAUUCAAUAAUGGGAAAUUCUUUGGAAUCUUUCUGUUUGAUUAAGGCACUAAUUUUACUUUACUGUUAAAUUUGAAAGCACCUGAGGUAUACAGAUCUCUUUGUGGAAAAUGUGAAAGAAAAGCACAACAGAAACUAAGGGUUAUUUUAUUUUAUUUUACUGUAGUUGCUGUUUGGUUUUGGCUGGUUCUAAUAGGUGGGUUUUUUGUUUCUAAGCAAUAUAUACAUAUAGUCAAUCAACAUCUGAAAAGUUCCAUAAAACCUGAGAACGCGAAUGGAGACUUGCUGGUACAGAGGAACCUAGCAAAUUCAGAAACUAAGGGAAAUGUUCUGAGAUAACAUGUGGAUUGUCAAUCUCUGGUGACUCUUUUUACAAUAAAAAAUAUUUUGCAACUUGUUUUCUGCGUUGUGCUAAGAUAAUAAAGAUAUUAUGCAUAUUUUGCCUCA